AUGGGAAAUUUAUGCUGCGGACAAGAUGACGACAAAAGGAACGAAAUCGGUAAAAUAACGGAAGAAGAAGGUAUUGCUCCAUCGAGAAAUCGAAGAUGUACGGAUACAAUAUGUCUGGUGACAAUGCCCCUAUUUUUACUUUCAGUGUUGAUGCUCGUCGGGUAUUGUGCAAUAUUCACAGACAUAGCACGAGUGACGAACGGUUAUGAUAAUUGUGCAAAUGUUUGCGGUAAAAUAACGCCGCCGGAUAAAAAUCCAAAAUAUUCUUGCAAGGGUGCGGAUCUCACGUCGAAACCAUUGCUCCUGGUCAGAGGAACCGGGAAACACAUCGUCAAUCCUGUGCAUUCCCGACGGGAAUGCGUGAGCGAUUGUUCCGUUUACAAAGGAUUCCGGCAAUUCAUAACCAGAUGCAUUCCUUUUAACGACGGUGACGUUUUAAAGGGUGGCCUGGAGAGAGCGACCAAUUCUUUGUCUUUCGUCGGACUCUCGGAUUUUCUCGAAGAAACGUCCGAAGAUUUACAACUCUGCUGGAGGGAAAUGGUAUACAUGUGCCUGAUAGCUCUCGCUUUUUCUUUUAUUCUUUUGCUCCUGUUUCGUUACGUCAUAGGAUUCGUUAUUUGGUUCGUUUUGAUAGGAGUCGUAGUUACCAGUAUUUUAGCCACGUGUUACUUAUGGUACAUUUACAAAAUAGCAAACGAUCAACUUAAAGAAUCAGAAUUUCCAAGCGAUUUCGACAGCGGAAAAGUUCAUUCUUAUUUAGUUUUUGCGAUAACGUGCACCGUUGUGUGUCUCAUAGUCAUUCUCAUCAUUUUCGUCAUGAGAAAAAGAAUCAAUCUUUUGGUGAGAUUGUUUAAAGAAGCUGGAAAAGCCGUCAGGAAAAUGCCUUUUCUUUUGUUUCAGCCAUUAGUGUCUUUUUGGGUUCUCGCCAUCGCCAUCGGUAUUUGGGUAUUUUUCACGCUCGUCAUUCAGGGUUCCGGUUACGUCGCUGAAAAAAGUCCGAAUAAUCUUUAUUAUAAGAAAUCCUUCGCCAUGAAAUUCGCGAGAUGGUACAAUUUAUUCGCGCUGUUUUGGAUAGUUCAAUUCGUCAUCGGGUGUCAGCACAUGGUCGUCGCCGGAGCCGUUUCCAAAUGGUUUUUCACAAGGGAUAAAAAAUCAUUGGGCUCGCCGGUCAUUCAAUCAUUUUCCAAUUUGAUACGUUUUCAUUUGGGAUCCGUUGCAUUCGGAUCAUUUUUCAUCGCAUUGAUACAAAUGAUAAGAACGAUUCUUACUUUCAUCGAGGAAAGAUGUAAAAAUUCCGAGAGCGAAUUUAUAAAAAAAAUCGCGAGCGCCGUGGAAUGUUGUCUGUCUUGUUUCGAAAGUAUUUUGAAAUAUUUUACGAGGACUGCUUACAUAGAAAUCGCAAUUCACGGCGUUAGUUUUUGCACGGGAGGAAAAAAAGCAUUCAGGUUAAUAAGUUCAAACGUAUUAAGAGUCGCAACAAUUAAUUCAGUCGGAGAUUUUAUAUUAUUUUUAGGAAAAGUAUUUGUUGUUCUAUCAACGGUUUUAAUUGGGAUUUUAAUACUCAAGUCUAAAGAAGGAGUCAUACACGUUUGGGUUCCCAUAACGUUAGCUGGAAUUUUCGCUUUUAUCGUGUCGCAUUGUUUCAUAACAGUUUACGAAAUGAUUAUCGAUUCCAUAUUCGUUUGUUUUUGCGAAGAUUAUGAAAUGAAUAACGGAGCGGAUAAACCUUAUUUCAUGAGCAAAGGAUUAAUGGAAUUUGUUCAGAAUAAUAACAGAUCGGUUAGUUAA